CGGCUGACGUCCCGUCUAAAAACAGACCAAGCUGCACUCAGACCUGAACGCUCCUCUGCUGCUUUACUUUGCUUUACUUCUUCUCCGGGACACCUUCCUCGUCCUCGCCUGUCCCUGCUCUUCCUCCUCCGUCCUUCCUCUUCCUCGCUGGCUGACAGGGUGUCCCCGUCGUCAUGGAGAGUUUGGAGAAGCAGCUCGUCUGUCCCAUCUGUCUGGAGAUGUUCACCAAACCGGUGGUCAUCCUGCCGUGUCAACACAACCUGUGCCGCAAGUGUGCCAACGAUGUGUUCCAGGCAUCCAAUCCCUACCUGUCCACGCGAAGCGGCUCCACAUUGACGUCCGGUGGACGGUUCCGCUGCCCGUCCUGCCGACAUGAGGUGGUUCUGGACCGACAUGGAGUCUAUGGACUGCAGAGGAACCUGCUGGUAGAGAACAUCAUUGACAUGUACAAACAGGGGAGCACCAGCAAGCCAGUCCCUGAGGUGAAGCUGGAGCAGCCGAUGUGUGAUGACCACGAGGAGGAGAAGAUCAACAUCUACUGCAUGACCUGCAGCACCCCCACCUGCUCGCUAUGCAAGGUGUUUGGAGCCCACAAGGACUGCGAGGUGGCGCCGCUCAACGACAUCUUCAACAAGCAGAAGGCGGAGCUGACGGACUGUGUCGCCAUGCUGGUUGGGAACAACGAGAGGAUCCAGGCGAUCAUUGGUCACCUGGAGGAAACCUGCAGAGCUGUUGAUGAAAAUGGCCGCAGGCAGAAGUCAAAGGUGUGCGAAACGUUCGAUCACCUGUUCGCACUGCUGGAGGAGAAGAAAGGUGAGAUGAUGCUGAGGGUCAAUGCGGAGCAGGAGGAGAAGCUACACUACAUCCGUAGCCUCAGCAGGAAGUACAGCGAGCACCUGGACAACACCGCCAAGCUGCUGGAGACCGCCAUCCAGACCAUGGACGAGUCCGAGAUGGCCAUAUUCCUUCAGACGGCGAAGCCUCUGCUGCAAAAACUCGUAGAGGGCACCAACACGUCCCACCUGGAUAAAGUCCAACAGGGUUAUGAGAACAUGGAGCACUUCACGGCCAGCUUUGGGUCCCAGAGGCGGGCACUGACCAGCAUCGACUUCAUCAAACUUGACGAAGAUGAUGAGGAGGAUGAAGAAGAGGCGCAGCUUAAAGGGUCGACAGCAGGAAGUCACACUGAAUCACAGGAGCAUGUUGCACCUGCAGCAACUGAAGGACAACUGGCCAAUCACCAACCUCCACUGUCACAUGACCUCUCAGCCACACCUCCCCAGAGACCAUCAGAAGCUCCGCCCACCCCACAGACAAGGCGCCACACCCCGUUGUCAUUCAGCCAUGCUCCGCCUUCUCUGCCCCUUCCAACCAACAGCCCCUCCCCUCAGUCAGAUCAGCAGAAUGAGUCCGAGGACAGAGACGGACCCAAACAUGUCUUCUCCUUCAGCUGGCUCAACCAGAAAUAAAACCAGAAGCUGACCUGAACCCGGACCUGGACCUGUACCUGGACCAGUCUGCCCCAGUCUCUCUUCUACAGAUUUUACAUUUAAAUAACCUGUUUUGUUUUGUUGUUGUUUGUUUGUUUUUAUGAGAUAAAUUGACAUAAUUUUCCUCUGACUGGACAUCUGAUGAAAGCUUUAUUUAACGCUGUGACGUCUCAUUUUGAAAUAAUUCAAACUUGUUUUCUCUCAAAAUGUC